UAUUAUGGUUGUUAUAGAAACAGAGUUAUUGUUUACACCACAUUUAAAAAAGUCUUCUUUCAUGCAAGCUUAUUUACUUUUCUUUCUUUUUGUUUUUAUGCAAUUUGAAUUUAUUGUGCAUUAUCUUGUGUACAAUUGAUUGAAUAAUAUUUUAAAUAUGUGUGACAAUGUCUAAUUUACAAGAGAUCAAAACUAAUUAUUUAUGUCAAUGUACUGUUUCUAUCACAGACGAAAUUUUACCAAAACAAAUAAAUGAAACUAAAGAGAAUUUUAAUAAUGUAUUAAACAUACACGAGAUCGAUGAAGACGAUGACUGCGAGAACGAUAUUGUUCAUUCUAAUAAUUUAAAUGACAAUGAAGAUGAUAAUGAAACUAUAAAAGAUAAAGAAAAGAAUACCCUCGAUGAUGAAUACGCUUAUACAAAUGAAUCAUUUUAUUCUGAUGAAUCUUGCAGCGAGUCAGAGGAAACUGCAUCGCAAUAUUUAGUCAGUGGUUCUUGUUCGCUUUACAUCGAUGAUAAUAAAUGUGAAGAGGAUGGGAAAUUAGAGAAUUUAAAUGGUAAACAGGAAGAAGAGAUUGAUUACAAUGAAGAAACUGAAGGAAGUAUAAGUGUAGAAAGAAGCGAAAGAAUACGGCAGAGUAGCGAACAAAAUUUAGAAUUUGUAAGAAGAACUAGAAGAAAGAAUAUGAGUUUUACAGAUGACGAGGUACGGAAAAUUGAACGCGAGAAUGAACUUCUAUUGAGAAAAAUAAUGGCACAGCAUAAACCUCGUGAUAAAGUUCUUAGGAAAGGUGCUCUACCUAAAAUGAGUAGUUCAGCUAUUAAUAGAAAAAGACUGCAAAAGAAGAUCGAAGGAGAUAACAUGAUGCUUCUUCGUAGAAUACAACAAGCAAAACCAUGUGUGAUAUCAAAAUCAACUACACCAGGUUAUAGAAUGACUUUUAUAUGACUAUGAAAUUAAUUAACAUAACGAUGAUUUAUGAUUGGUAUAUAUAUAUAUUUAUAUUGAGAUUUUAUUUGAUAAAUCUCUAAUUUAAUAAAAUCUAAAUUAAGUAAAUCUUUAA